AUGGCCCCCAGCGUCGCCUCCGCCGCCUCCGUCCCCUCCUCCACCACAAGCCGCGAGCGCCUCGCCGUCACCCCGUGGGAGUUCCAGUCCCUCCAGGAGGACUCGGAGCGCGAGCUGCCCGUUCCGACUGAACCCCCGCCGUCCCUCGUCCGCCGCGCACCCCUCCCCGCGCGCAAGGGGGGGAUGGGGGUGGGGAUGAUGGGGAAAGGGGCUGAUGCGAUUGAGGAGACGGGCACGGGCACGGUGGAGGAUGUUACACCUUGGGAGAUGUAUGCUGCCCCGUCGCCUGUCCCCACUCCGCCUUUGCCCUCGCUGCCUGUGGGUGUGGGUGUGUCGACUACGUCGCUGGAUAGUCAGAGCCAGGAUCGUGCGAGUGUCGGUGCGAGUAAGAGUACGAGGGGGUCUGGCCCGGGCCCAGGUGCGCUGGGUAUGGUGUACCUCCCAUCUUCCACAUCCGCACAUACAUCCACAUCAACCCCCGUAUCAGCGUCAGCGGCGGCGGCGAGCCGCGCGCGCAGCGGUACAGACGCGAGCACCAGCACAACGCACUCGGCAAUGUCCACUUCGAACCGCUCUAUCGCGUCCGCGUCUUCUGCGUCUAAUCUCUCCAGUCUAUCCGCCGGGAGCGGGGGUGGGGGUGGUGUGGGCGAUCAGCAUACCACCGGGAGCGGUGUGAGUUUGACUGGGAGUGCCGCGAGUGUAAGUGGGAGUGUCGCGAGUGUAACUGGGAGCGGGGCAAGUGCGAGCGGGAGUGGGAGUGGGAGUGUGAACAUGCCGACGCCUACACCGUACACACUUGGAUUUUUGGGGAUUGGAAAGGUGUUACAUCGGGAUCGGGAUCGCGAGAGGAAGGAGAAGGAGAAGGAGAGAGAUAAAGAUAGGGAGAAGGACAAAGAAAAGGACAGGGAGAAAGAUAAAGAGAGGGACAGGGAAAAGGAGAAGGAGAAGGAGAAAGACAAGGAGAAAGCGAAAGGACAGGGGUCCAGUAUCGGGAUUGGGAUAGGAUACGGCCAUCAGGGGCGCGCGUCUACGGCUGUGUUCGCUCGUCGCCCGCGCGCUAAUUCGUAUCAGAGUCAUGGGCAGAGUCAAGCGCAAGGGCAAGCGCAAGCGCAAGAUGUACAAGCACAAACUUCUAUCGACCUCAACCUCGACCUCGACCUUGACCUCGAAUCCGUCAACACGACCCUCAGCGGCGGACUCGGACUCGGUAGCGCAUCGCGUUCCACAACACUUCUCCCCUCGUCCUUCCCUUCCUCCUUCCCCCACGCGCACGCGCAUCAUCCACACCCACACCUCCAACAUAAUUUGAAUCAGAAUUCAAAUCAGUAUAGACCCUCGUCGAGCCAUACCACUAUGACUGUCACACCGUCCACUGUCGGUGCGAGCAGGAGUGGGAGUGCGAGUAGGAGUGCGAGCAGGAGUGGAAGUGGAAGUGGAAGUGGGAGUAGAGGAGGGAGCGGGAGUAAUACGCCUACGGCGGGCGGGACGCGGCCUUCUACUGCUACGUCCGUGUCGAGCGCUGGUAUGUCUGGUGCUAUGUCUGGUGGGUAUGGGCAUGCGCAUGCGCAUGGGUAUGGACAUGGGUAUGCAGAGCAAGAGAAAGAGAAAGCCAUGGAGCGAGAUCAGGACGCGAUAUUGACGCCUACGACGCCCUACUCGGCUGUGGCGGCUGUGGCGAUGGGUGUAUCGUAUUCGGGCGGGUCGAGUGUGAGUUAUUCGUCGUCGGUGUCUGGGUCUGGGUUGUCUAGCGCUGGUUUAUCUGGUGUCGGUGGCGUCGGUGUCGGAGGAGGAGGAAGUGGGAUGCAAAUGCAAUCGGUUGUAACGAAGAGCUCUGCGUAUUCUAUCGCCUCCUCUGCCUCCGCGGCGGGUAUGGGUGCGGGCGCGGGUAUGGGUGCGGGUAUGGGAACGAGUGUGAGCACGGGGAGUGUAGAGGAUGUUGUGCCUUGGGAGCUUAUGCCUGGGCCGCCUCCUCUCCCUGCACCUGUGCCUGUUGGACAUGGUGGGCUGCAAAGACAUGAUGCGGCGAGUGUCAAGUCUGGGAAGGAGAGAGAUAAGAAAGAAAGAGAGAAGGAGAAGGAGAAGGAAAGAGAGAAGGAGAAAGACAAGGAGAAAGAGAAAAGAGCAUCUCGAAAAUCACUCGUUGCGGCGCUAGCCUCAUCCUCCAGCGUUAAUAUAUCCGGCAACGUAUCUGGCAGCGGGAGUACUGGUGCGGGUGGGAGUACGGGUGCAGGUGGGAGUGGGAGUCAUAGAGCGCCGAGCAUCGUCGCGUCGCUUGCGAGCGGCGUGGGGAGUGGUUUCAGCGGUGGGAUGAGUGGUGUAAGCGGUGGAGUGGGUAUGACGGGUCCGAAGGAGGAAGUUACGCCUUGGGAGCUUGAGGAGGUGUUACCGCCUCCGCCUCCUCCGCCGGUGCCUGCGCUGCCUUUGGGUUCUUCGGCGUCGAUAGCAAGUGGAGGUGGAGGUGGAGGUGGGGAUGGUGUUGCAGCGGGAGGAGACGCGACUGUUAGAGGACGCGAGAGGAUCAUUUCGACUGCUGCUGUGCCGACUUCUACGCCUCUUCCUGUUCCUGUUCCUGUUCCUGUUCCCGUUCCCGUUCCUGCAUAUGCACAUGCUACAACGGCUGGCGACACGACGGAGGAAGAUAGGGAGAGGAUGUUACAUCAUUCGCAGUCGCAGUCGCAGUCGCAGUUGCAGUCGCAGUUGUUGUCGCAGUCGCCUCCUCGUGUGUCGGGGUAUACUAGUGUGACGUCGUCGCCGGAGAUGAGCCCUGGCAAGCAGCGCAAGCAGAGCGCGAGCCAGAAUCAGGGUACCAACAACGUCAACAGCAACAACAUCAGUAGCAGCAAUAGCACUAACAGUAACAGCGGCGGCGGCAAGAGCACGAGCACCGGCACCGGCACCGGGACGACGAAACGCGCAAGAGGAUCGAUGACGCGCGAGCAGAUGGAGGAGGUUAUGCCUUGGGAGCUGUAUCCUGAGAAGGAGGAGGAGGGGGAUGGGAUGGAGGGGGAGGUUUGGGUUUGGUUCGUUGUAUUUCAUUUCAUAUCGUGUCGUUUCGUGUCGCGUCGUGUCAUUUCAUUUCAUUUCAUUUAUAUUGCCUGA